CAAAAAAUACAAUCACAUUGACUGGAAUUAGUGCAUCCGAGUGAUCCCUCUAACUGUGUCGAAGAAAUAAGCGAAGACGAAGAAAUUAGUCGAUUUACAUAAGUUCGUGUUUAAGGUAUUGGCUAUUGGAUAUGUGAUCAGGUUUAAAGUGGACGUUACUGGUCAGCUGUUUUUAUUGCAUACAUCGGUUGACUUCAAUUCAUACGUUAUAUGUAUCAGUAAUAUUUGAAUACACAACAUACUCUUCAAAAUCCAUUCGAUAAAAUCCGGUCAUACUGUCACAUCAUCAGUGACUCAGUUGGUUUUGCCGUUAUACGUGUAUUUUGGAUAUUCUCCUAGAUACACGACUCAGGUGACCAAUCUUGACAUUUUUGUCAUUUGUUUUGAUAGUUUAGUACUUUGACUCAGUUUUGAGCCUUUUAGGUUCCUUAAUGAGCAUGGUUACGAGCUUAUGCUUACCUAAAGUGAUAUGUAUACUGUACUAUUAAGUAAGUUGGAUAAGGAAAUCUGAUGGUUGGAGCACAGUCGACUGGAAUCAUGAUAUUUGUAAGCUGGCUUAUUUGAACGAAUAAUUCUCUGUUGAAUGCAAAAGACACGUGAUUCUCGAAUUCUUCUGGAAGUCGAAGUGGUAUUUAAAUUCAGGAACUAUAUGUAUGCGUUCGCGGUUCUGUGUUAUGACAAAGACUACACUUGCAUUUUGUUACAUUUUGUACUCUUUACCUUGUCCACUAUUAUUCUGUUGUGCUCGUACUGAGGAGUUGCAGAGUAACGUUUGAAAAUUAAUGUUAUAUUUCUGAUAUUACCAUGCACCCAUAGCGUCGUUAAAACUUUAAGUGGUUGCUUAUGCGAGUCACAUGUCUAUCAAAUUUGAAACAGGUAAAGUUGAGUACAUAUUUUACGUGUUUAAAACAUACAUUUUCUGCUUUGAAAUGCUUCUCACGAAGUUUCAUUAAUCCUCAUUAAGUGACAGACUUUUGCUUGGAUCUUUCAACAUUGGUUAUCAAAAUGUAUCCUGAUGCCAGAAAUAACCCACAUCUAUGUAGAGGCAAUAGAAAUAUACGUCAAGCAAAUGGAACCACUCAUCGUGCCACUUCUCGUCCAGUAACAUCAGCACAUACCUACUGGUGUCCAAGUUCAGUAACAGAUAAUUUUAACAGUGGAUCUGGACAUCGUAACCACUAUAGACCAUAUGACAGCCUUUUCUACCCGUAUAGGAGAAAUAAUCCCUGGAUGACUGCCAGGGACUUUCUAUGCCAUCCUUCAAGAAACUCUGGCCAUAGAAGAGGUUUUCCAUAUCCCGGACAUGAAUUUGGUGGCCAUCAAAUUAUUGGGACGCUAUCAACCUCUGAGCCUUCAACCAAUCCAAACUAUUCGGUUGAGUCCACCUACUUAGUUCAAGCUGGUUCUUCAGAAAGUGAUGCUUCCUUGUCUGUUCGGCAACGACCAACAGCUAACUUAAAAGUAGAUUGUAAACCUAAUAAUCAUGAUAAUUUGAGGAGUAACCUUAUCGAUGAAUUGCGCAAUAGCACAUAUCAUUGUAUGAUAUGUAUUUCAGAAAUUCGUGUUACUGACCGAAUUUGGUCAUGUGCUACGUGUUAUCACAUUUACCACCUAUCAUGUAUCAGGUCUUGGGCCAAAAAAUCAUUCCAGGAACCUAACAUCGAGUCUGGUUCAUCUUCCGUUUGGCGCUGUCCAUCUUGUCAAACAAAUUAUGAUUUGUCUCCCCAACUAAUUUCUUACCGAUGCUUUUGUGGACGCACUGAAAAUCCUGAAUUUCACCCUGCUCGUUUUACAAUACCACAUGGUUGUGACCAGGUUUGCAGUAAAGUGAAACGAAUAACUUUUGCAUCCAAUUUGUCUGAUUAUCAGUGCACCCAUCUUUGCACAGAACUUUGUCAUCCAGGUCCAUGCCCUCCAUGUUUAGCGACUAUCACUUUGAGUUGCCCAUGUGGAAAAUUUCAACGUCCUGCUACUUGUGGUGAUUCUAAUCUUCAAUCUUGUGGUCAAAUAUGUGAACGUCAGCUUUCAUCUAAUUGUGCAACUGGUUUUCAUAUAUGUUUAUCAACUUGUCAUUAUGGUUCUUGUAAUCCUUGUCAGUGGAUAAUUGAAACAGCUUGUUUUUGUGGUCAGGAUAAUAAUGUAAAGUUGAUUUGUGGCAGUAAUGAAAUACGAAAAUGCACUUUUUCUCAGAAAGAUUUACAAACUUUACGUACAGCUUUUGUGGAAUUUCAAAGUAAAAUAAUCAGUAACGAUUAUUCUGAUGCUUUAAAACUCCAAGGAAUAUCAAUUACUGAUGAAUUAUCAUUACAUGCUAAUGAUGAUUUAAACAAUAAUUUAUCCUCUCAAUUAUCCAAACAUGAUAUCCAAAAUACUGAUUCGACUAGAAUAGUUAAUGAUAAUAAUAAACAAAUUAUUUCAUCUGAUUUACUAUUGGUUAAAAUUGGUCCUACUUUCUCAUGUGAUCGUGUGUGUGGUCGUCAGUUAAGUUGCAACAAUCAUAAGUGCUCAAAUGUCUGUCAUUCUGGAGAAUGUCCACCUUGUGCGCUUGAUCCGGCAUGGUGUUUAACUUGCCCUUGUGGAAAAACACCUCUCACUAAAUUGGUAUCAACGAGUUGUUUAUACGGCAAUCGACAAUCGUGUACAGAUCCUCUACCUACUUGUCCUAAUGUCUGUGGGCGUCCUAGAUCACUUUGUGGUCAUACAUGUUCAGAAUAUUGUCAUACUGGCCCUUGUCCUCCAUGUGAAUUAUCUAUUUCAUUAAAAUGUCGUUGUGGACAAAGUUCAAAAGUAAUGACAUGUCAAGAGUUCUCUAAAUUAUCAGAUAAAGAAGGCAUUCCUGAACUCUGUUGUCAACGUGUAUGUAAGAAGAAAUUAAGUUGUGGUCGACAUAAAUGCAAAACAUUAUGUUGUAAUGAUACUAUACACUCAUGCUCUGAAAUCUGUGGCCGUCGAUUAUCUUGCCAACUACAUUAUUGUGAAGAACAGUGUCAUUCAGGACCAUGCAAUUCUUGUUGGCGUGGUAUGAUUUAUUCAGAACUAGUAUGCCGCUGUGGUCACACCAUACUGCAUCCUCCACAGCCCUGUGGAUCUAGUGCACCUGAAUGUAAUCAACCUUGCAGUCUCACACAUAAUUGUGAUCAUCCAGUUAAACAUACGUGUCAUAUGGAACCUAAGUGUCCACCUUGUACAGUCAUAAUGAAUAAAGUUUGUCCAGGAGGACACGGAGUACAGUUUAAAGUGCCUUGUUUUCAAGAAGUUCGAAGUUGUGGUCGAAUUUGCAAGAAACCACUUUCAGGUUGCUCACAUCUUUGUCAGCGUAAAUGUCACGCCGGUCCUUGUUCGAAUCUCAGUACAUCCGACGAAGAGAGUGAUACUGUAUGCAUCCAACCCUGUCAGAAACCUCGUCCUGGUUGCGGACAUCCAUGUGGUUUACCCUGUCACGAGGUUCGAAAUCAAUCAUGCUUGGAGGCUUCUUCUAAUCACGGUGCAGAAAGCCAGUUGAUUUGUACUGCAUUAGUAGAUGUCGUCUGUCGCUGUGGAAAUAUCAAACAAAAACAACAGUGUCAUCAGGUGUAUAGAAAGCAAUAUCUGCUUUUGGAGCAUGAACACAAUAUGAGCAGUGCACCAUUGACAGGUAGCCAUUCACUUUUUACUGAACAUGAUUCUCAAAAGCCAAUACCUCUAUUAGCUUGUGAUAAUUCUUGUACUAGUUCUACAGAAUCACAUAAAACCAGUCAAUAUGCUAAUACAAGCACUUGGAAGAGAGGUUUAACAAACAGUUCUGAUGCUAUGUCACCUAACUCAGAUGAAGAUGAAUGCCCAUUUGAUCCUCCGGAGUAUCCUGACCAUUUAAAGCAGUUUGCACUAAAAAAUUUUACUUUUGUUGAAAAUAUUGAAGAACGAUUGAAAAUUAUGAUUAUGCAAGUAAGUUUAUUUAAAAAACCACUUUGUGAAUAUUAUUCAACGGAUAUUUCAUUUCAGUCUUUCUGUCUACCGCUAAGUUUGAUAUUCACUAAAAGUUAGUCCACAAUACUAAAACUUGUUUCAGUCUUGAGAAAGUUGUUUAAAGUGCAGUUUUCUCACAAUGACAAUCAACGGCAAUAAUGUUAUUUACUGUCUUCAGUUUGUCACUAAACAACAGCAUGAUGAUCUUAACACAUAGUCACUAUCACAGUGAUUUUGUCAAAUAAAUGCCUUCUUAGAUUUACCGAAACCACGUACAUGAGGUCAACUGAAGUAAGUAGAUUGUUUUACCUUCCCAGAGUAUUUACAUACGAAAAUAUAUGAAUAAGGAGUGGUUCCAUAAUCAAUAAUAGUUCGUUUUUGUUAAAUUUACAUACAAAGUAACGAACGCAGCAACGUGUAUAGGUUCAUAGAUUGUUCAACGUAGUCGGACAAAUAAAGCUUAUAUCAACCAAUACGAUUAAUGAAAAAUAUGCAGAAAGAGGAAUAAAAACUAGUUAUUAAUAAUACAGCUGUAAUACAUAUAAAUUUUACAAGUUUAUAACACGUCAUGACAGUUUUCCGCUGGCUUUUUUUUCUUACGUAGUAGAAAUGAUAUAUGCUAGUCAUUAGAGGAAUUAUUAACUUUGCUGGUUAUUUAAAGGCAACUUGAUUAUAAUCUGUAACAUAAUACAUUUAUUUCGUGCUCUUGUCAUUUCAUUGAAAUUUACUGAUCUUCAUAAUUUCAUAGUUCAUUGAACUUUAAUAAACUGACUAACAGUUUUAAAUACAAAAAAACAACAUAAAGUCACAUAUUUCAAGAAAAAGAAUUCACUAUCAAAGUGUGUUAACAAUCUGGAGUUGAUCAAAAGAAAUAAAAUUAAAUAUACAGAAAAACUUGAACUUGUUAUAACAUGAGGCUUCUUUAAAACUACGUGCAUACUACUAUCGGAGGCAUCUCAUCCUAGUUGUCCUUAUGUUCCUAGCUAAUUCUGUACGCAUAAUUACGGGUGACAAACAAGAUGUUUUUUAAUAGAUAAGAACAAUAGAAAUCGAUGUUGUAAGUCGGUAAUAUUUAAAAGGGAAUACGUAGGUGUAUCAUUAUAGCAUCAUAAGUAAAGUAUUCUUCCGAAAAUUCGUGAGAAGAAUAUCUUGUUGACCUUUGGCUAUUCUUCAUGAAUACCUAACAUGUCUUGAUCACGGUUUGGAGUUUGUGCAUAGUAUCCUCACAGUGAUGAAUUUCCCACUAUUUUUAACUAUUCUUUUAUACCAGGGAAAAGUUGUAUGAUGGUUACUACAACAUAAUAGUUUUAGCUAGUUUGUGAGAUAAAUAUAAACCGUUUGAAAGAUUUGAUUUCAGAACACUGAAAGUUUUACUGGAAUAGUUUUUCUUGAGAAAAAGACUUAUGAAAUAGGUCUUAAACUCCAGAUAUUGUUGUCUUUAUAGUGUUUAUAAAAAUAAUUAGUGGCUUCGUGAAUUGUUUUUGACUUUUUAUUGAGUAUAAAGAUAUAGUAAUAUGUAAUGAACAUGGUUUCCUUCUAUUGGAGAAAAAGGCUAAAGAAUUACACUGAGAAAAAACAAACAAAACUCCAAUAGUUUGUGGUAUGAAUGUUUAGGAAAGUGAUUUUUAGUAUAAAUUAUGUAGAGAAAACUUUUGAAAAACAUUUUCAAUAGUUUCCACAUUUACUGGAUACACUCAAAACACUUCAUGUACUUGCUUUACAAAUAUCAUUUAUUUUGAAGUCAUGAUGUCUGCUGAAAAUCGAGUAUUUCCUUUAUUUUAGUUCUUGAAAUCAAAUAUUGAACCUACUGAUCCAAAUAAUCCUAAAGAAUACCCCAAAGUUCUGGUUCAUCAUUUUCCGCCUAUGAAUAAAAGAAAACGUCGAUUCAUUCAUGAUAUUGUAGAAUACUAUGGUAUGGAAGCUUGUACAUAUGAUCCGGGACCUAACUCUCAUGUAAUGGUUAUUGCGAGACGUGGUUAUUCCAAACUACCUGCAGGAUCAAUGAGUAAUCGUGGAAGCCUUACCAGUGUACUCAAACGAGAAUAUCCUGAAGCCGUGAAGCUUUCCAACGAACAACCGAAAUUUGUAAAAAAUCCUAAGACUGACUGUAAUGUAUUACCUGUUUCAAAUAUUUCGACUUUGUCUUAUGCUCAAAUACUACGUGGAAAAAUUACUUAAUAAAACAGACUUUCAUUCUAUAAAUGAAAUAAGAUUUGCCUUUUUGUGACGCACAGUCUUCCAGAUUCAUUCGAUUUUUAUUCGGUUUAAUCUGUUUACUUUGUAUUUACAUGAGGUUAUUUUUUAAAAUGAAUAUUCGUAAAUUGCUUGAGUCACUGGUA